CGAAGAGAAGGCCUGCAUCCAUCCAUCCAGCACAUCCAGCGCCCAUCGCUCUUUCCGUGCUGUCCAUCUGUCAGCUAGCUCCCUUGACGACGAGUGAGUGCUCCCUGUCGUGAAGUGAUUUGACGAAAGUACCGUACCUGGUUGAGUUCAUCGUUGCCCGCACUAUCGUAUCGGCUCAUGGCGGACGUCGACGCACCCCCGGCUGGUGAGCGGGCGGCCUCCGGGGCACACACACGACCUUCUCAGGCAGAGAGAGAGGCCGGGGAGGGCGGAGGGUAGUCGAGGAGUCGCAGGAAGGCCGCAUCAGUGCGUGUGCGUGAGAGACAUGGGGUAUGGCGACGUACGAAGGUGCUCUCUGCGUGGGUGUGUGCGUUUUCAGAUGUUGCUGAUGCCGGCGCUGCCCCGAAGGCGAAAGUACGCAGCACCACAGCACUACACAGCACCCCUCCAUGGCCAUGCACACCACACCACACACCACCACAUAGAGGGAGAUCCAGACGACGACCGUCCUGUGCUCCACCCUUCCCUUGUGUUGGUCUUGUGACUUGUGUCGUGUGUGGUGCCUUCAGGCCAAGGGGAAGGGCAAGGCCAAGUCCGGUGGUGGCAAGGCGCGUGCUGCCCCGAAGCACCCUUCGUUUGAGGAGAUGAUCAAGGAGGCCAUCGGCACACUCAAGGACCGGUCAGGCAGCAGCCUGUUCGCCAUCAAGAAGUUCAUCCAGGCCAACUACUCCCUCGACGUCGAGGACGCACGCACCAAGCACCACAUCAGCCGCGCACUCAAGAAAAUGAGCGAAGCCAAGAAACUCAUCACGGUAAGAAACUUACACACACAUGCACACAUGCACACACAGGGGGAGGGCAGGUGAUAUGGUGUGGUGUGGUGGGAUGGUGUUGUGUGGUGGGUGCAUCUCGACUCGACGUGUGGCCUUCGUGUGUUGGUGUGUUGUUUGUGUGCAGAUCAAGGCGUCGUACAAGUUGAACAUGAACGUGGUUGGCGCUGCCAAGAAGGCCGCACCCAAGAAACCCAAGGCCGCCGCUGAGGGUACGCACGCACGCCACACAAACCACACACCACAACCCACCACACCACACCACAGACACGGACGCCGCCACCUCAAUCACCCCACACAUCCCUCUCUCUCUCUGCGUGUGUGUGUGUAUCAGACACUGGAGUUGAGGCUGCCCCUGCUCCCAAGGCCAAGGCGAAGGCUGUCAAGAAGACCCGCGCUGCGGCCAAACCCAAGACGGCUGCCGCCAAACCCAAGGCCAAGGCGGUACGGACGCACAUGGACACACGCACAUCCUCCACACCAUUCCGCAGGCAGGGGCCUGCCUUUAAAUGCACAUGUUAUGUUGUCCUGUUUUGUGUUUUGUGUGAUGCGCAGAGCGUUCGCAAGCCCAUCACCAAGAAGCCCAAGGCGGCGGCCAAGGGCAAGGCCAAAGCCAAGGCCAAAGGUGCGCCCCCACCCAACACACCCCCCGACUUACUCCCUCUCUGUACACACGUGUUUGUGUGGUGUGUUUGUUUAUUUCUUUCUUGUGACUGCAGGCAAGGCCAAGGCUAAGGCUAAGGCUAAGGCCAAGGCGGCUGCCUGAACCACCCCACCACCAUACCACCACCAUGCCACCAUGACACCAUGCCCAAUACAGAAAGAUGCCUGCGUGAUGGACUGACUGACUGACACAAGUGAUCGAGCCCGCCUCUUUCUCUCCCUCUUCCCCACCCAUGUAUCCCAUGCCACCUCACCCCAUUCGCCCAGCUCAGCCCUGCACGCACGUCCACGUCGCACGACUCAGGCAGCCCAGGCCCUUGUGUGUGUAUGUGUGUGUGGUGUGUGUGUGUGUGUGUAUUGUUUAUAUAUACUCACGGGCAAUACUGGCUGAUAGACUCACUGCGUUGUGUUGUGUUGUUGGGUUGUGUUGGGGAUUGUACAUUCUGUUCCCCCCCCCCCAAUCUCUGUCUGUAUCUCUCUCUCUCUAUCUGUCUGUCUGUCUGUCUCUGUAUGGUCUCGGCCGUGCUGUGUGUGGGGCGUGGCGUGUGUUGUGGCUGGGGGGCGGGGCGGAUGGGGUCGGGGCGGAAAGAGAGAGAGAGAGGCAACACCGAGACAAUCACUCACACCACCUCAGCAUCCGUAGCCAGAUGACGACUCUCUGACUGUGACUCUGACACUGACGUGAUUGACCGAAAGACGGGGAGCAGCAAAGGGAGACAAUACACAACACACACACGACACAUCGACUGACGGACAGACAAUCGGACAUCGGCACCCUCUUUUUCGCUAGGUGCAACUGACACGAGUGAGCAGACUGCAUGGCAGCCAGACGGGGAAGGAGGGAGGUGCGA